AUGCGUUCGUUUCGUUUGUUCGGGAAUCAUCAGGUUGGAAUCAGUUGGGUUUUGUAAUUAUUAACUUAAAGCCGGUUCUGUACAAUGUUUCUGAAGACCGGCCUUUGGGUUUGUUGAGCCAACAGUAUACGAAGAUAUCUGGUGCGUUGUGGAGGUGUGUUGCGGUCUUGGGUACUUUCACCUUAUUAUUCGUAAGGAUGAACUGGUUAUACGGUUCGUUUUUGGUUUUGUUGACCCCAGAACUGGUUUGGCCAAGCAGCGUCUUAAAAUCACCGUGGAGAUACGAGUGCGUCAAGGGCUACUGUCAAAAGAGGCCAAUCACCAACGAGAACGAGGGCACCGCACUUAGUUUGGCGGCUUGCCGGUUGUUUUGUGCUGAUGCCGCAGCGAUUUGGCCUAAACCCUCCGGGAAUGUCUCGAUAGGGAAUUUCUUGACCACCAUAAACGUACACAGUAUCGACAUUUUGGGGGCAAAAUACGAUUCGCCCACGUUCGAUUUGGUCAGAGGGGCGAGUCGCAUCUUUAGGAAGCAAAUCGAGCAAAUUUUACCACGGAAUGUCAACCUAAAAGGUGGCAAAUCCCUGAUCGUAACUCUGGACAUAAAAGAUUCGGGCAUAGACAAACACUCGUUGGAAUUAGACGAGAGUUAUCAGCUAAAGAUUAACGAAACUUCAGAUGGUAGAGUUGAGGCGCGAGUAACUUCACAGAACUUCUUCGGGGCGAGACACGGUUUGGAAACGCUGAAUCAGCUGAUCAUAUUCGACGAUUUGAGGGAUGAAUUGCAGAUUGCUCGGGAUGUGUUUAUCACCGAUAAACCCGCUUAUCCUUAUAGGGGUGUCUUGUUGGAUACGUCUCGAAAUUUUAUUACGGUGGAAGCGAUCAAAACGACCCUAACAGCCAUGGGAGCGGCCAAACUGAACACCUUCCACUGGCACAUCACCGACUCCCAUAGUUUCCCUUACGUUUCCAAAUCCAGACCGGAAUUAGCCAAAUAUGGUGCCUACAGUCCCGAAAAAAUCUACAGCCCUGCAGACGUGCGGGAAAUAAUCGAAUACGGCAAACUGAGGGGCGUGAGGGUGUUGCCGGAAUUCGACGCGCCAGCCCACGUGGGCGAGGGUUGGCAACACACCAACCUCGUCACCUGCUUCAAUUGGCAACCCUGGCAGAGUUACUGCGUGGAACCGCCUUGCGGACAAUUCGACGUCACCAAGGACAAACUAUAUGACGUCAUCGAAGACAUUUACGGUGACAUGUUCGAUCAGUUCCAACCGGACAUAUUCCAUAUGGGCGGUGACGAGGUGAACUUUAACUGCUGGAACAACACCGAAUCGAUCGUCAAAUGGAUGGAACAGAAGGGAUGGGGUCGUACCGAGGCAGAUUUUAUUAAACUAUGGGACUAUUUUCAAAGCAAAGCUCUGGAACGGGUUUAUAAAAAGGCCGGCAGGAAGAUCCCCGUGGUGAUGUGGACCUCCCAUUUGACCCACAAGGAGUAUCUGACGGACUUUUUGCCGAAGGAUAAGUACAUCGUCCAGAUAUGGACCUUAGGGAACGAUCCGCAAGUGAAAAACCUCCUGGAAAACGGCUACAAGGUGAUUUUAAGCAACUACGACGCCCUGUAUUUGGAUUGCGGGUUCGCCGGAUGGGUGACGGACGGCAAUAAUUGGUGCUCUCCAUACAUUGGCUGGCAAAAGGUUUAUGAAAAUAAACCGAUUAAAAUUGCCGGAAGUAAACGUAGUCAAGUGUUGGGUGCGGAAGCGACCUUCUGGACGGAACAAGCGGACUCGACGUCCCUGGACAGUCGAUUGUGGCCGAGAUCGUCCGCGAUGGCGGAAGUUUUAUGGAGCGAACCGGAAACCGGAUGGCGGGAGGCCGAGUCCCGGUUCUUAAUACACAGAGAGAGGCUGGUCAAGUUGGGUGUAAACGCGGACGCUUUGGAACCCGAAUGGUGCAUGCAGUACGAGGAAAACUGUCCGAUCGGAGGGAUAUUUAAUGUGGAUAAUAAACCCAAGACGGACAUCGAUAUUAAAUAGUGAUACCUAUAUAUUUUCUUGAGUUUAUUCAAUAUAUUUAGGGCCCUGUUGGCUAUUCAA